GUGAGACGGGGCGAGAGGCGGCGCGCGCGGAGGCGCGCGCGGAGGCGCGAGAGGCGGAGGCGGAGUUCUUCAAAAACGUCGUCGAGACGCCGAGGGCGACGCCGUUGCCCAAGGUGGACAUGAAGACGACGCUGAGUGAUCUCGAUGCCUUGCUCGGGAUCGAUACCGAGGCGGAGGCGAAGAAGAAGGCUGAGGAAGAGGAUGCGUUUCGAGCGACGCCGCGGUCGCCGUCGACGGAUGAGCGAGAGGCGCCCGCGGAGGAUUUCGCGAGCGGUGGGGUGUCCAUCUCGCCGCAGGCGCUGGAGGCGCUGAAGAACGCGGAGGAGUCUCGAACGGGGAUGAACAAGGGCAAAGGGGAUGAGUUGGAGAAGGUUUUGAACGACCUCAGCGCCAGGGCGAGCAAGAACAAGGAGGCGGGGAAGAGCAUGGAGGAAGACGCCGAGCUUCAGGCCUCGAUGAAGAAGCUCGUCGAGAUCUUAGAGAGUCCGGAGGAAGAGUCUGUCCCGCCGCAAGAUGUUGAACGAAUCAAGAAGGAAAUUUUUGGCAUGCAAACGUUUUACGUAACCGCGGUGGAAAAUUUGGGCGCCGAGAUGAACGGCGCCGGUGUGCUUUUCAAGGGUAAUCUGCGAGCCGAGCGCGCCGAGGUAUGGAAGACGGUACAGACGUCCAUAGAGGCCAUGUUCGACGGCCAAUACACCGCGUUUAUGCUCGAGGAACCGUUGGGUGAGGAGGGCCCAAGCGGCGACGCCGCAAUCGACAGCAAAUACGGACCGCGAGUGAGCUUCCUCGUCGUUCCGAGCGAUCGCGCCGGACCGUCGCCGCAAACGACGGGAUGGCAGUAUCUUCUUGCCCUCGUACUGAUGGGUCUCACCGUGGGCUCGGCCGUCCAGCUCGGACUCGUCGCCGAGGUGUCCCGCCUGCCACCGGAGACGAUGACGUGGUUGCGCCAAGCUGGUGAGGUUGAACUCCCCGAGGGCGUGUUACCGCCGGGUUUGGAGAACUUCGACUCCGUGGCUUACGUUGAAGCGGCACUUCCAGUGAGCAUAGGCGUCAUGGCCGCGAGCGUCGGUCACGAAAUCGGUCACCAGAUUGCCGCCUCUAUGCGCAAGAUAAAACUCGGCAUUCCAUUUUUGAUUCCGAACUCUCAGCUUGGCACGUUCGGUACGCUGACGCAGAUCAAGAGCACACCAGAGACUCGAUCGGAUCUGUUCGACGUCGCCGCGGCGGGUCCCGUCGCCGGAUCCAUGGUGGCGCUAAACCUCUUUGUUUACGGUUUAACACUCUCGAUGGGCGGCGAUAAUCCGGAUUUGAUCCCGAUCCCGGAGACGUUGUUCAACACGAGCCUCCUCCUCGGUAGCAUCUCGCAGCUCUUCCUGCAUGCGGGGGCGAAAGGAGUCUUGGUUCAUCCGUAUUUCAUCGCGGGCUGGUGCGCACUGACGACACAGGCGCUUAAUCUUCUUCCCGUCGGCUCCAUCGACGGCGGGCGCAUGGCGCAAACCGCCUUUGGCCGUCGCGUCCUGGGCGCCACCUCCCUGGGCACGUACAUAUCAUUAAGCUUCGGCGUGAUCGCGAGCUCUUUGGCCCUUCCUUGGGCCAUCUACAUCGUGCUCACGCAACGAACGCCCGAAUUCGCGCCCAAGGAUGACGUCACGCCGGUGAAUGAUUUCCGCGCCACGUUGGCCUUCGCCAUGAUUGCCUGCGCGUUCCUCAUCUUGCUCCCCGGCCCGAUCGACGCCAGCACGGCCGAGAUCGCGAACAUUCCUUUCUAG